AUGAAAUAUAUAAUUGAACAUAUGGAAGAAGGCUUUUCAGAAUGGGUCAUUCUUGAGUAUAGUCAAAUUAUAAGAGAUGUUGGUAAAGAAAAUUUAAUACUUACUUCAUUACCUUCGAAUACAAGUGAAAAAGAUAUACCUCAAAAAUUAUUAGAUUUAGGUUUACAAUGGACCACUAAAGAAUGUGUUGAAUUAGAUGGUGGAUUAGAUAAAGAUAAAGUAUGUUUAUUAGAUCCAGCUGCAGAAACUGAUUUAAUUCUAUCUGAUGGUGAAAAAUUUGAAUAUUUUGUAUUUGGUGGUAUACUAGGUCAACAUCCAAGAAUCGAUAGAACAGGUAUUUUACGUAAGAAAUAUGGAUUUCAUGGUAGAAGAUUAGGAAAUUUACAAAUGACAACUGAUACAGCUAUAAGAACUACUCAAUAUAUUAUAAGUAAAAAAUUACCAUUUGAAGAUAUUCAAUUCAUAGAUUAUCCACAGAUCAAUUUUAAUAAAUAUGAAUCAACUGAGAUGCCAUUUCGUUACAUCGUCAACGAAAAUAAUGAACCAAUUUUACCUGAAGGAAUGUUAAAUUUAAUAAAACAUGAUGCUGAACAAAGUAUAGAUGACUUGUUAAUAGACGAAUGA